GGGUUAUUUUUUGAGAAUUUGUGAAAAAAGCACCAAAUAAAUCUUCACGAGGGACUUCAAUUAAAUAGUAAAUCUCGUAUUCUCAUUGAAGUCGACAUACGAGGAGGAAGAGCAGAGAGCCACGGAGCCAAGCCAUCCUCCGAUCGUCGUGGUUACAGCCACUCACUGAAGGACUCAACUUUUUGGGAGUCUCCUCAUCCGGCCGUGCUGGCUGACUGGUUAUUGUUGGUUUAGGGGAAUGCAUCUCUCCUCUGUUUGCUCUAUAAACGGGUUUGGGAACGCAUUGAGGAAGGGGUCCACACGAAUGGGAAUACGGCAGCGCCAAACUCUUGCAAUGCGGCCAGAGUGAAGGGGGUAGAAGACAAUACCAUUCCACGGGCUGUGGGGCUGCUCGCUAUCAAUAUUUCAGUGGGGUCUGCUUCCAAGCGAAUAGUUACAGUUCCAUUUUUUUUUCUCUGAUUGCUCCUAUAACCCAUUAUUGCGACGAAUAGUGUUUUUGAUUAGAAGAACAAGCCAUGACGUCUACGGCCAAAUUCCGAAAGGACAAGGAGAUCGUAGCCGAAUAUGAGACUCAAGCCAAAGAGAUCCGUGCCCAGCUGGUGGAGCAGUUGAAGUGUCUGGACCAGCAGUGUGAGCUGAGGGUGCAGCUGCUGCAGGACCUGCAGGACUUCUUCAGGAAGAAGGCGGAGGUGGAGAUGGACUACAGUCGUAACCUGGAGAAACUGGCCGAGCGGUUCCUUACGAAGACACGCAGCACCAAGGACCACCAGCUCAAGAAGGAGCAGAGUGUGCUGUCUCCAGUCAACUGUUGGAACCUGCUGUUGACUCAGGUGAAGAGAGAGAGCCGAGACCACGCGACCCUCUCUGACCUCUACCUCAACAACAUCAUACCGCGCUUCGCCCAGGUCAGCGAGGACUCCGGACGACUCUUCAAAAAGAGUAAGGAGGUCGGCGUUCAGCUUCACGAGGAUCUGAUGAAGGUCCUGAACGAGCUCUACACGGUGAUGAAGACAUACCACAUGUACAACACAGACAGUAUCAGCUCUGAGAACAAACUGAAGGAUGCAGAGAAACAGGAGGAGAAGCAGAUGGGGCGUUCUGGUCGCCAGGACGACAGACAGACUCCCAGGUCACCUGACACACUGGCCAGCGUCAAGACUGAGGAGAAACAUGUCCGACGCUCCUCGGUCAAGAAGAUAGAGAAGAUGAAGGAGAAGAGGCAGGCUAAGUACACAGAGAACAAGCUGAAAGCGGUCAAGGCGAGGAAUGAAUACCUGCUGGCUCUGGAGGCCACCAACAGCUGUGUGUUCAAAUACUACAUCCACGACCUGUCUGACAUCAUAGACUGCUGUGACCUGGGCUACCAUGCCAGUCUCCACCGUGCGUUGCGGACCUACCUGUCAGCGGAGAUGAACGUGGAGGCGUCUAAACACAGCGGUCUGGAGGGCCUGGAGAGGGCAGUAGAGAGCCUGGAGCCCAACGGGGACAAGCAGAGACUGAUGGAAACCUACAACAACGUCUUCUGUCCCCCCAUGCGCUUCGACUUCCAGUCACACAUGGGAGACACGAUGGGGGUAGUCUGUGCCCAGCAGCCAUUAGAAGGGGAAUUACUCCAGAGGUGUCAGCAGCUGCAGUCCCGUCUCUCCACCCUCACGAUCGAGAACGAGGAGGUGAAGAAGACUAUGGAGGCCACUCUGUCGACCAUCCAGGACAUGGUCACCGUGGAGGACUAUGACGUCAGCGAGUGUUUCCACCACAGCAACUCCAUGGAGUCGGUCAAAUCCACCAUGAGCGAAUCAUUCCUCAGCAAGCCCAGCCUGGCCAAGAGACGGGCCAAUCAGCAGGAGACGGAGCAGUUCUACUUCACGAAACUGAAGGAGUUUCUGGAGGGGCGGAACCUGAUCACCAAACUGGAGGCCAAACAUGAGCUGAUACAGAAGACUCUGGGAGAGAGUCAGAAGACUGACUGUUGUCUUGCCAGUGACAGGAGGAACUCUGCACUACGGAAGCAGGAGGCUGGCCAGGUCAUCCCUCUGAUGGUGGAGAGCUGUAUCCGCUUCAUCAGUCGCCAUGGUCUGCACCAUGAGGGCAUCUUCAGAGUGUCUGGCUCUCAGGUGGAGGUCAACGACAUCAAGAACUCCUUUGAGAGAGGUGAGGACCCGUUGGCGGGGGAUCAGAAUGAUCACGACAUGGACUCCAUCGCUGGCGUUCUGAAGCUCUACUUCAGAGGCCUGGAUCACGCCCUCUUCCCCAAGGAAGUCUUCCAUGACCUCAUAUCCUGCGUCUCUAUGGAGAACCUGCAGGAGAGGGCUGUCCACAUCAGGAAGGUUUUGCUGUCUCUGCCCAGCAACACUCUCAUCGUCAUGAGAUACCUGUUUGCCUUCCUCAACUACCUGUCCCGGUACAGUGAGGACAACAUGAUGGAUCCCUAUAACCUAGCCAUCUGCUUCGGGCCCACACUGAUGUCAGUCCCAGAGAGCUGUGACCAGGUGUCCUGCCAGGCCCACGUUAACGAGCUCAUCAAGACCAUCAUCAUCCACCACGACGGGGUCUUCCCCGGCCCACGGGACCUGCAGGGGCCCGUCUACAUCAGCCCAGGGGCCACUGAUGAGUACUGUGAUCCCCACUGUGAGCCCCCCCUGGUGGACAUACCUGCUCCCGACACCAUCUCUGUCAUCCACAACAGCGAUGAUGGCUCGUUGGUCGUUUCAGAAUCGGACCCAAUAGAGGCCAUUGCUCGCUUCGACUUCUCUGGACGGACCAACCAGGAGCUGUCAUUUAAGAAGGGCGCGUCUCUCCUCCUUUUCCAGCGAGCCAGUGAUGACUGGUGGGAGGGCCGACACAACGGAGUGGACGGACUGGUGCCUCACCAGUACAUAGUGGUUCAGGACAUGCCGGACGGAGGCAGAGGCAGUCCGAAGUCUGAAGCGGAGUUGCAGGAGGAGAGAGUGUCUACUAGGGGCACUGCUGCCUCUCCUACUGGAGCUCAUGUAGCAGACAUCUACCUAGCCAACCUCAACAAGAUGAGGAAGAGGCCUGAGUUGGGGAGUAUCCGUAGGACCUUUUGGGGGUCUGAGGGAGUCCAGGGGGGUGAUGUGUCCCUGUCUGGGGCGACAGGAGGGGGCGUAAGGACAGCCAGUCUGCCAGUGGGAGGGGCUCUGGUGAAGGAGGGCGGCGACAAGCGACCGGUCAGCGCCCACAGUGUCCUCAACUCCUCGAUCACGCGCCACUCCUCUCUCAAGACCAAGGUGGAGAGCCCUCAGUUCUGCAAGGCGACUACCACGGGCCGCUCUAAGAGCUUCAGCAACCACCGGCCCCUGGAUCCUGAGGUCAUCGCUCAGAUGGAGCCCACCUCACAGGAUAUCGAGGCGGCUAUGAGCUCUGCUCUGAGUGAGCUGAAAGAGCUGGAGAGGCAGAGCAGUGUCAAGCACACGCACACCCCCGACGUGGUGCUGGACACACUGGAGCAGCUGAAGGGUGUGUGUGGGGGUGGCGGGGCGUCCGAGCCCUCCAGUCCCCUCCACUCCCGUCUGCUGAGGGACAGCGAGGGCGCAGGGCCUCCACACUCACACCCCCUCCAACGCAGCGCCUCGUCCGCUAGCGACGUCCCCUCCUCCUUCCGCCCCUCCAAGCCCAGGAGCCCCCUGCCCUCUUCCGCAUCCUCCUCUCUCGCCUCCUCAGCCCUCUCUGCCUCCACUCCCUCCUUCCGAGAGCCUCGCCCUCCAGCCACGCGGCCCAAGCCGGUGGUUUUCCCCAAGGGUGGAGGAGGCGGCAGUCCGGCUAUGGGCUCCCCAACCACCAGUCCCCCAACCCCUCCUCCCCCACCCCCACCCCAACCCAAUGACAAGUCCUGCCCUGCCUGAGGGCACUCUCUCUCUCACACACACACACACACACACACACACACACACACACACACACACACACACACACACACACACACACACACACACACACACACACACACACACACACACACACACACA